CGGGCCGCGGCCCGGAGGGCCCCGCGCCGAGGAGGAGCGGCGAUUGCCCGGGAGGGCUGUCCGGCGGGGCCGCGGAGGAGGAGGAGGAGGAGGCGGAGGAGGCGUCCGGCCGGGGCAGCGGGAGCGCCGGGCUCGGUCCCGGGGCGGGGAGGCCGCGGCCGGCGGGGCGGCGCCGGGAUGGACCGCUGACCGGCCAUGCAGCCCUGACCGCGGGCUCCGCGGGCGCCUCCCGGGACCGCGGGCGCGGGCGGCGGCAGCACUUCCCCCGACUCCGGCCCCGCGGGGAGCGGCUGGCCAUGGAGCCCGUGACCAAGUGGAGCCCCAAGCAGGUGGUGGACUGGACGAGAGGCUUAGAUGACUGCCUGCAGCAGUACGUCCACAAGUUUGAGCGAGAGAAGAUCAACGGCGAGCAGCUGCUGCGGAUCGCCCAUCAGGAUCUCGAGGAGCUGGGUGUCACUCGGAUUGGACACCAGGAGCUGGUGUUGGAGGCGGUGGACCUUCUCUGUGCACUGAAUUACGGCCUUGAAACCGACAACAUGAAGAACCUGGUUCUGAAACUGCGCGCGUCCUCCCACAACUUGCAGAAUUACAUCAGCAGCCGGCGGAAAAGCCCCGCGUACGACGGGAACACGUCCCGCAAGCCCCCCAACGAGUUCCUGACGUCCGUGGUGGAGCUCAUCGGCGCGGCCAAGGCCUUGCUGUCCUGGCUGGACCGGGCCCCAUUUACAGGGAUCACUGACUUGUCAGUCACGAAGAACAAAAUCAUUCAGCUGUGCUUGGACCUGACCACCACAGUCCAGAAGGAUUGUCUCGUAGCAGAAAUGGAGGAUAAAGUUCUAUCCGUGGUCAAGGUUUUAAAUGGCAUCUGUGACAAAACAAUCCGCUCGACCACGGACCCUGUCAUGAGCCAGUGUGCGUGCCUGGAGGAAGUCCACCUGCCGAACAUCAGGCCCGGGGAAGGCCUGGGCAUGUACAUCAAGUCGACCUACGAUGGGCUGCACGUGAUCACCGGGACCACGGAGAAUUCUCCUGCAGACAGAUCCCAGAAGAUUCAUGCUGGCGAUGAAGUCAUCCAGGUUAACCGGCAGACUGUGGUGGGGUGGCAGCUCAAGAACCUGGUGAAGAAGCUGCGGGAGAAUCCCACGGGAGUCGUGCUGCUGCUGAAGAAGCGCCCCUCGGGUUCCUUCAACUUCACCCCUGCGCCCCUGAGAAACCUGCGCUGGAAGCCGCCGCUCAUGCAGACCUCGCCGCCGCCCACCACGUCGCAGUCCCCCGAGAGCACCAUGGACGCCUCACUGAAGAAGGAGAAGCCGGCCAUCCUGGACCUGUACAUCCCGCCCCCGCCCGCCGUGCCCUACUCUCCCAGGAAUGAGAACGGGAGCUUCCUGUACGGGGGACCCAGCAAAUGCCACCGGCCAGCACCCGGCCCCAAGGGCUCGGAGUCCCCAAACUCCUUCCUGGACCAGGAGAGCAGGCGACGGAGGUUCACCAUCGCCGACUCGGACCAGCUGCCCGGGUAUUCGGUUGAAACCAACGUUCUGCCCACGAAGAUGAGGCAGAAGACGCCGUCCUACGGCAAGCCCCGGCCGCUGUCCAUGCCCGCGGACGGGAGCUGGAUGGGGAUCGUGGACCCUUUCGCCAGGCCUCGCGGUCACGGGAGGAAAGGUGAGGAUGCCCUCUGCCGCUACUUCAGCAACGAACGCAUCCCCCCGAUCAUCGAGGAGAGCGCCUCGCCCCCCUACCGGUUCUCCAGGCCCCACGCGGAGCGGCAGCUGGUCCGGGGCGCGGACUACAUCCGCGGCAGCCGCUGCCACCUGGGCGCGGACCUCCACAGCAGCGCUACCAUCCCGUUCCCGGAGGAGGGGCCCAAGAAGAAGGCCGCCAAGGCCUCGGCCCCCGAGCCCUCCCUGCUGGUCAGCUGGCUCACGCGUCUCAAGCUAUUGACUCACUGAGCCCGGCCCCCGGGGGUGCCCCCCCGCUCACCAAGUGCCUUCCUCCAGCGGGCUGCCGUCCGACCGUCACGCACAGUAUUAUGUAGACGCCUUUCGCAGUCUGUUUUGUGCUUUUUUUGUUUGGAGAAUUGGGCGCCGCCCUUCCUGAUGAUGGGAGCAGGUGGGUGGGAGCGGGUCCAGGGGCCUCGGUGCCGGCUGGGGGAGGCGGGAGGAGGAGAUGGCCUUUCUGGCCUCCUUCGGGUUGGCACACAGAGACGCACUCUGCAGCCCAGCCCGCAGCCUCUGCCGGGGUCGGGGUGACCGGGAGGCACGGGGCAUCGCUGGUUUAGGGGGUGGGAUCCAGGGGGUGGCUGUGGUCGCACACAUGUAUCGGUUCGUGGUCCAGCAUCUUGGCCCCAGAAGCCAGUGGGGAGGACACUUGGGUUUUGCUCGUUCACGGGAAGCACCGCCAGUGUCAGGGCGGCGGCUUUGACUUUGAGGUCACGUGCCUCGGAAGUGGGGGCCGCAGAGAAGAGGGGUGCGUGCAGACGGUCCCCCCGGCUCAUCUCCUUCUCGUCACGGUCUCCCUUCGGGGCGACGGGCACAGGGACCCACCGAGAGGGCCUCUUCCCGGCUCCGACGGCGGCCCCGCUGUGUGUUCCUGAUCGGAAGGAAGAGAAGCUACGAUUUGCUGACAGCCAAAGUCUCCUUGGGAAAAAGGAAGCAGCAGGACUGACGUUUGGGAAAGAGACCUUGGAUCUGCCUCGCUUUGCUCACCAGAGAAACCCGGGCACGUCUCAGUGAGGUCACAGAGUUUCAAGUAGCGUCAGGUAUCUUGGAAAAGCCUGUCUGGGUAUUAACUCCCAUUUAAACCGAAUGUAUGAUAUUUUGUUAGAAUGGAAAAGUCCUAUCUUGUUAAUUUAAGCGUUUGAAAUACAGUUGUAUAUUUUUCCUACUC